UUGAGGCUGGAAGGAACCGAAUAUAAGAGCCGAAGUUUUACUGGUGCAGCACAUUCAACCUGCAGGCUGACUGCAACCUGGGGAACUUCAGAGUAUCCUGUGGCGUGAUUGGUCGAAAUUAACUUCUCAUAUCUCCAUAUUGAACUUUUUAGUGUCUUCAACCUGCAUCACCAAAGCCAUGAAGGCUCUGAGUCUGCUGCUGCUGCUUUGUGCCACGUUGGCUUUGAGUCAACCUGCUGCUCUUCCAGAUACCACGGAUGUGGCUGAGAGCGAUGAAGCUCUUCCAGAAGACACCAGAGAAAAUCCUGACACUGAGGAUUCUUUUCCAGAAGACAAUUUGGCUCUUAAUGAAGAGGAACCUGGAAACUGGGCAGAACCAGCCUUUGAACCUGUGGAUGAAGAAGUUUACCUGAAGGCUCUGAAUGGAACAGUGCAACGUUCAGGAUCCUGUUCUUCUGGCUGGACCCAGGUCAAAGGUCGCUGCUACCACGUCUUUCCUUUUGGUGCCACUUGGCAUAGAGCUCAGGGGAACUGCAGGUCCAUACAAGCAAACCUUGCAUCAAUCCAGGACUACGAGGUGAAUAAUCAGCUUGUGAGGAUGAUAAUGGCUGCAGGACGGGGGCAUACUGCAGUCUGGAUUGGAGGCAAUGACAUACAAUGGGACGGCCGCUGGCGCUGGGUGGACGGAAGCCCUUUUCGCUACAGUAACUGGUGUCGAUUUGAACCCAACAACUUCUUCGAUCAGGACUGUUUACAGAUUAACUACAGUCGGCACAGAUGCUGGGACGAUGCGCAGUGUCACUUUCAGAGACCAUUUAUCUGUGUCAGAAACUUCUGAUGACUAUUUGUCUAGAAAUGACCAAGUGUUGGGUCAGUGUUGGUAGUAACACUCAUAUGCACUGCAUAUAAGCAUUAUUACACUGUAUAUAAGAAAAAUAUGCAAUGAUGACUGAAAAACUGUAUUCCAAAAUGCAGAUAUUAAAUUUAAAU